UAGUGUAUAUUAUAGUUAUUUAAAACAUCCUGUAAAAUUUAAAAAAUUAAUACGUCGAAAAUAAUGCACUGUUUUAAAAGUGGCGCAAUGAUAUACUCCUACCUGUUUCGGCAUUCGGGAGACUUGUUUAGUCUUUUUUUAUGGUCGUGUACAUUAUAAUUAUUUAAUACAUCCUGAACAAUUUUGAAAAUUUUUAAAAAAUUUAACACACCGAAAAUAAAAUUCAAACUUUUUGUCGCGUUUCUUUUAUUUAAAUAAUUAGUUAAAUAUAACAAUUGUGGUAAUUUUUGUUAAUUAAUAUGAUAUUAAUUUAUUUUUUAUUUUAUUAAAAAAUUAAUAUAAUAAUAAGGAAUAUUUUUUUAGUGUAAGUUUUAGUGUUGUGGUUGGAGUAGAAAUAUUUUUUGACGCUAAAUUUGGUGAUAGUGUAACACUAAAUUUAGUAUUUCUUUGGAGAUGCUUACAUAUAUAUUACUUUUAAGCAAAUAAUUAAAUACUCUUUAUUUUAUUUUUCAUUAUUUUUGAGUUUUAUCUUCCCUGUUCAUCUUCUUCUUCUUCUUCUUUUUUUCUAUGUCUACAACAUUAACCAAAGAAAAACUAACCCUCUCCUUUUGUAGUGGGUAACUAAAAAAAAGAGUAUGUAAAGUAGGAAAAAGAAGAAGAUUUGAGAAAGAUAAAGGUGUGGUUGUGUGUGAGAGAGAGAAAUUGAGAGCUUGCUUUGUGACGAGCUUCUUGUAGAACUCUAAUGGUAGGUUCUCUACUAAAUCAGCAUAUCUCAUCCAAGUCAUGGGACGGGCUCCUUUGUGUAAUGUAGCUCCGAACUUAUGGAACAAGCUGUGGAAUUCAAAAAAAUUGGAGUGUCACAAAGUCCUCUGGUGGAGUAUCCUCUCGAAUGAUCUACCUGUAAGGGCUAUCCUUUCUAAGAGAAUGGUUAUUGAUGAGAUCUCUUGCCCCUUUUGUGGUAAUGGUGAUGAAACUAUGGAGCAUUUAUUUCUCUACUGGGAUCUGGCGUCUCACCUUUGGAGAUCUUCCCCUUGGGGGGUUAUGCAUGUUGUGGAGUCUGGGGCCCGCAUGUGGGACUGGAUUAUGGAUCCAGUUUGUUCAAGUCUCACCAGGUUGAUGGUACUCUGGGUUGGUCUCCCCCGCCAGAGGAUUGGGUCAAAAUCAACUGUGAUGUUAGAGUCAGAGUGGAAACCAUGUGUGCGGUGGUGAUUGCGAGAGAUCAUACGGAGUCGAUUUUGUGGGUGGCAACAAACAAGCUUCACUUCUUUGACCCUCUUAUCGGGGAAGCGGCGGCUUGUAUGUUAGCAUUGGAGACGGCAGUCAAACUGCAUCAUUCUUUUGUUAUGGUGGAGAGUGAUUCCGAGAUGGUGGUCAAGAACCUAAAAGGUGUCGAAUCUUUUUGGAGGCUUGAGAACUACACAAGACAAUGCAAGCAUCUCUCUACUUUUUUCACUAGCUGUAAUUUUUCUUUUAUUUCUAGAAACUGUAAUUUUGCGGCACAUAAUGUGGCCAAAUGGGCUUUUGCCAAUAAUGUUUCUGGUAUGGUAGAGGUUUCUACUAUUCCGAAUAUUAUCUUUUGUAAUGACCGUGAGGUCUAACUGCUUUGUUCUUCUAAUAUAUAAACGCUUUAUUUCAAAAAAAAAAAAGUUCAUGUUCUUCAGUCUCUUUAGUCUCAAAACGUUGGCUCCAUCUCUACCGUACUUCUAAGUCCAUCAUCUUUCUCCAACUUACCAUUUUCUGUUACUAGUUUAUUUUAUUAUUAUUUUAAUGUUGUUUUACUGUUGUUUCUUUCAUUGUUUUUAUUACAUUUUUUCAAAUAUUAUUGUACUGCUCUAUAUUUAAUAAUAAUAGGAAAAUAAUUAAAUUUGUGUGUAAGUUAUUUUUUUAGUAUCCUAUGCUCCAAUAUAUAUUCAGUUUUCCUCCGUGUUGUUCCACUGUUGAUUUUUAGUUGUUCUACUUCUUUUCAUUUUUGAUGUCUUCUCUUGUAUGUUCUCUUAUUGUGUCUCAGCUCCCCAUUUUUUGCUGUAUUUGUUAUGUUAUUUCUUUUCCUAGCCAACUUCUAUCUGUUUUUUUGGUUUUGUAGAUUUCACCCUUUUAAUGGAAAGUAAGACUAUUACUGUCCAUGAUUUUUUCAUUCUAGUAGUUGGUUUAACAUGUGUAAUUUGAAACCAAUAUUUGU